AUGGUGAAAACACCAGAUAAGGAGGAGGAAAGAAACCAAAAUGCUAAACGGAAACAUCACAAUGAAGAAGGAGAAGAAGGAAAGGCCAAAAAAAUAAAAUCAGAAAGUUCAAAUAGUGAACUUGUGAAAUCUACAACCCCUCAAAUCGAAUUCGCAGAAAGCUCUGCAGAAAAAGAAACAGAGGCCAACAAAAUCAAAUCAGAAAGUUCAGAAAGAACUUUUCUUGAUGAAUUUCAGGGGAAAUCAACAACCGGGCGAAUCAAAAUUCCAGAAAAUUCUGACGACAAAGAAGAGCAAGAGGAAGAGGAAGAGGAAGAGGAGGCCAAGAAAAUGAUAUCAGAAUUUUCAAGAAUAUCUAUUUUUGGUGAAUAUCCUCUAGAAUUCGCAGAAAGUUCUGAAAAUGAAGUAGAAGAAACGGAAAUAGCUAUUUCUGGUGAAUAUGGACGAAUGGAAUUAGCAGAAAGUUCUGAUGAUGAUCAAGACGAAGAAACGAUGUUUUCAAGAAAAGCUAUUUUUGGUGGAUAUCGAAAAAGUGAAUUCACAGAAAGCUCUGAUGAUGAUCAAGAAGAAGAAAUGGUAUUCGCUUUUUUUGGUGCAUACAGACAAAUGGAAUUCGCAGAAAGUUCGGAUGAUGAUGAACAAGAAGAAGAAAUGGAAUUUCCAAAAGUAGAUCCUUUUGGUGAAUAUCGAGAUAUUGAAUUCUCAAAAAGGACUCCUGAAUUGGAAAAUGCACAUUUUGAUGAUGUAAAAAAUCAGAGUGUUUCAUUUGGAAAACACAACAUUCUUGAUGAAGAAGGAGGAGGAGGAGAAGAAGAAUUAUCACAACCAGAAUUAGGUUACAGCUUCGAUGGGGAAAAGUUAUCGAGACUCCCAAGUAUUCCCAACAAAAAAGUCAGUGUUGAAUAUUGCAGUAUGCCGUUUGAGCAGAAGAUAUUAAAAACUAAUGUUGAUGAGAUUAUUCUAAACACAGAUGAAGUGGAAAAAAAAAUUCUUCCAUUGCUUACAAGAGAAGAAAGUGAAGGACUUUUUUGCGAGGGAAUUCCAAUGAAAACUUACGAUGGACUUGGAAAUUGCUAUAUGAUGAUUUUCCAGUUUCGCGAUGACUUUUACAAACUUUGCAUUGGAUGGAAAAUGCUGUUUAAAGAUCACAAACUCUAUGAAGAUGGAGAGUGUUGUGUUUCUGUUUGGAUGUUUCGACACAAAAAAAAUAGUAAACCAUGUCUUGCUGUCAAGAUUAAAAGAAUUUGA